CGCAUCUGAGCGCUUUUACGCAGAGAAUCCCUUCUUCGGCGCCCGUCACCACCCUUUUUCUCCUCCUCCCUCGCUCCUGCCUUCCCUACAAAAGCCGCGACAACCGGCGGGGACGAGGAGGAGACCGCCCGACCCCGACCCCCCCCGAUUGCGCUUGCCCCCCCCCCCCCCCCCCCCCCCCCCCAUCCCGUUCGGCGCAUUCGCGUUCCGCCGCACCCGCGUGGAGGCCGGGCCGGAGCAGCCAGCCAUGGGCGUGGAUGAGGCGGGGCGCGCCGCCGGCAGGAAUCUCACGCUGGCAAGCAUCGGCUUCGCGGACGUCCGCGUGGGCGCUGCCGUGCCCGGGGGCGCCGGGUACAAGGACGGCCUGCUCGUCGUGGGGCUGCCCGUGCCCAAGGACGACGGCCUCGACGCCGCCGCCCGGGUCGUCCGGGACCUCGCCACCAGGCUGCCCGACGUAGGCGCCGCCGCUAGGACUUUUCUGAGGAAUAGAGAAGUUGCAGAAUUCGUGAGUGGAGCAUUGGCUGGUGCAAUGACUAAGGCUGUUCUUGCUCCCUUAGAAACUAUCAGGACAAGAAUGGUUGUAGGGGUAGGAUCAAAACAUAUUUUUGGUAGCUUUGUGGAGAUUGUUGAACAUAAUGGCUGGCAAGGACUCUGGGCAGGUAAUACAAUAAAUAUGCUCCGGAUUAUCCCAACUCAAGCAAUUGAGCUCGGGACAUUUGAAUGUGUCAAAAGGAGUAUGGCCUCGGCACAAGAGAAAUGGAAAGAGGAAGGAUGCCCAAAGAUACAACUCGGCGAUUUGAAAAUUCAGUUGCCAUUUCACUUACUAUCGCCGAUUGCGAUUGGAGGUGCGGCAGCUGGAAUAGCUAGCACUUUGGUGUGUCAUCCUCUUGAGGUUCUUAAGGAUCGCAUGACUGUCAACCGUGAGGCUUAUCCUAGUAUUGCCAUUGCCUUCAGCAAGAUCUACCGAACUGAUGGCAUUGGUGGUCUUUAUGCUGGCCUCUGCCCAACGUUGGUUGGCAUGCUUCCAUAUAGCACAUGCUACUAUUUCAUGUACGAGACCAUCAAGACUAACUACUGCCGUGCGCACAAAAAGAAAUCUUUGAGCCGUCCUGAGCUGCUGGUUAUCGGGGCUCUUUCAGGUCUAACUGCAAGCACGAUCAGCUUCCCUCUUGAAGUGGCAAGGAAGCGCCUUAUGGUAGGAUCCCUGCAAGGGAAGUGCCCACCCCACAUGAUCGCGGCGUUAGCCGAGGUGAUCCAAGAGGAGGGUGCCAAGGGGCUUUUCCGAGGAUGGGCGGCGAGCUCCCUGAAGGUCAUGCCAACGUCCGGUGUCACCUGGAUGUUUUACGAGGCAUGGAAGGACCUUCUUUUGAGUUCACGGCUCCAUGCGUAGCAGGAGCUUGAAGAAGUCGGGCUCUUGCAUUGUCACAGAAUAAAUUUGUUGCGCUGUGUCGGAUUUUCAACAUUUUUUUCUUCUUAAAAAGUCGCACACAUGCCAACCAUUUAGGAGAGAAGAAGGCCAUCUUGUGCUGGUUGCACCCUUGAUUAGCAGCACUAGCCAAUUGGCCUUCGCUGACCUGGGAUUAUCUAACUACUAGCAACUCUGAGCAGACUCAACCUGGACUGGGUAUGCAUUGGCCCCAGGCAUCGUUGUUGCGAAAUUUGUCUACUAAUGAAAAACAAGGACUAUUCAUGAACCUUUUGUCACUGAAUGUUGCAUGUUUUGUAUGUGUGGGGCAUUUAUCCGGUUCUUAA